AAUCAACAGCAUAGAACAGCUGCUUCCUCGAAGUCUUUUCCCCCAAUCGAAGGAUUGUUCCAUUUUGGCGGUGCAGUAAACAUGGCGGAAGAGUUGGAAGGUUGUAGCGUAUCCUGCAAGCUGUCUUUGGACGAUCUGCAGGCUGUCUGCCGCCGGGAAAGGCUCCAUUGUAAACAGCUACGGGUGAACAAGCAUAACAUCGACGACUAUGAGGUUGAGUACCUCUGUGACUACAAGAAGUCUAAGGAGCAGGAGUUCUACCUGGUUAAAUGGAAGGGCUACCCCGAGUCGAGCAACACAUGGGAGCCACGCAAAAACCUCAAGUGCAGGAAGCUAAUGACGCAGUUCCACGAGGACAUGGAGCAUGAGCUGAGGCGGCAGAAGAGACGGACCACCUGCCCCAAGCGGCUGGACAAGGACGUGGCCUGGACCCUGGUGCAGAAAGCCAAGCUCCGCAAGAGGCUCCAGUGCUGGGAAGCCGACCUGAACAAGACUCGUAACCACCCGGGCCGCAUCUUUGUCCUGAAUGAGGUGGACCUGGACGGCCCGCCCAGGGACUUCACCUACAUCACUAACUAUAAGGUGGGCGAGGGCAUCGUGCUCAACGAGAUGGCCGUGGGCUGUGAGUGUAAGGACUGCUUUAGUGAUCCGAUCGGCGGCUGCUGCCCCGGGGCCUCCCUCCACCGCCUGGCCUACACUGACAAGGGCCAGGUGCGAGUGCGGGCCGGGGAGCCCAUCUAUGAGUGUAAUGCCCGCUGCAGCUGCGGGCCUGACUGCUCCAACCGCUUGGUCCAGAAGGGCAUUCAGUUUGACCUGUGCAUCUUCAAGACUGGGAAUGGCCGAGGCUGGGGUGUGCGUGCACUACAGCACAUCAAAAAGAACACCUUUGUCAUGGAGUACGUUGGAGAGAUCAUCACAUCGGAUGAGGCGGAGAAGAGAGGACACCUGUACGACCGGCAAGGCGCCACCUACCUGUUUGACCUGGACUACGUGGAGGACGUUUAUACGGUGGAUGCUGCUAACCAUGGCAACAUCUCCCACUUUGUCAACCACAGUUGCAACCCCAACCUGCAAGUAUACAAUGUGUUUAUAGACAACCUGGAUGAGAGGCUCCCGAGGAUAGCAUUAUUUUCAACACGCUCCAUCAGGGCAGGAGAAGAGCUCACUUUUGACUACAAGAUGCAAAUUGAUCCAGUUGAUGCAGAGAGCACAAGGAUGGACUCAAAUUUCAGUUUAGCGGGACUCCCGAGCUCUCCCAAAAAGCGGAUUCGGGUGGAGUGCAGGUGUGGAUCUGACACAUGUCGAAAGUAUCUCUUCUGAUAUAGAUUGGAAACUGAACGUCAAAGCUAGAACAGACACAUCAUAUAUUUUGGGGAAUUGUUAAAGUUGUACAGCGUUUACAUGAAUUUUUAUUUGUCUACUUUUAUUUUACUUUGACUUUUAAGCCACAUUGGUGCAUGGGUGAUAUCAAAACUGAUAUGGUGAUUUAUUUUUUUAUGUCCCCAAACCUAUCUAGUAUGUUGGUAACAAUUUUAGUGAAACAAUGAACAUGAUCUACAUCCACAAAUCUGCGUUUAAAAAAAUGUCUUCAGAGAUUAUACACUGCGUGUACAAAACAUUAACAACACCUGCUCUUUCCAUGACAGAUUGACCUGGUGAAGCUAUGAUACCGUAUUGAUGUCAAUUGUUAAAUCCACUUCAAUCAGUGUAGAUGAAGGGGAGGAGACAGGUUAAAGAAAUACUUUUUUAAGCAUUGAGACAAUUGAGAUAUGUUUCUGUGCCAUUCAGAGGAUGAAUGGGCAGGACAAAAGAUGUAAGUGCCUUUUGAACGGGGUAUGGUAGUAGGUGCCAGCGUUUCAUGCGCAACAGUUUCCUCUGUAUAUCAAGAAUGGUCCACCACCCAAAGGACAUCCAGCAAACUUGACACAAAAGUAAUGUAAUUAAUAGGUGUACUUACACGUUCAUACUGAUGUGCUUUCAGUUGCACUUACAAUUACCGGUAAGUGCAAUUCUUCCAUACUUCUUGCAAGUAGUGCUGUAUAUUCUUGUCUUAAAAUAAGGUAUGAAUUAGUUUACCCCCAAACUGUCCCGGUGCUUGUUGGUUUUCAAUCUGCCUACUUUUUCUUAAAUGUGAAUGAUUCCAUUCUGACGCUCCCAUUUUGUUGUCCUGCAAUUCACGGCAAGCAAGCAGUACCAUGAAACCGCUCUCCAUGUUUUUAACCUAUUUUUGUGUGAAGCAGAUGGAAAAUAUCCUUUGUGUAGUUAGUCAUUUUACUUUUCAUGUAGUAGCUCUGAUAGUCAAAGUAAACAACACAGUUCUGUUUUUUCACAUUACAUUGAUAAAAUAUAAAGGUUUGCAGCCAGCAAAAACAAUAAGUAAAUGUUUUAAUCAGAUGUAUUGUUCUGGAAAAUGUAAUGAAAAUUUACCCGACGCAAAA